CUGCUUCAGAUUUACCAACAGCAUGAAUCAAGAAAAGUUAGCCAAACUUCAGGCUCAGGUCCAGAUAGGGGGCAAGGGUACAGCUCGCAGAAAGAAGGUGGUACAUAGAACAGCUACAGCUGAUGACAAAAAACUUCAGAGUUCUCUAAAAAAACUGGCUGUGAAUAAUAUAGCUGGUAUCGAAGAGGUGAACAUGAUUAAAGAUGAUGGGACAGUUAUUCAUUUCAACAAUCCCAAAGUCCAAGCUUCCCUUUCUGCUAACACCUUUGCAAUUACUGGUCAUGCAGAAGCCAAACCAAUCACAGAAAUGCUUCCUGGAAUAUUAAGUCAGCUUGGGGCUGACAGCUUAACAAGUCUUAGGAAGUUAGCUGAACAGUUCCCUCGGCAAGUGUUGGAUAGCAAAGCACCAAAACCAGAAGACACUGAUGAAGAGGAUGAUGAUGUUCCAGAUCUUGUAGAAAAUUUUGAUGAGGCAUCAAAGAAUGAAGCUAACUAAAAUUUUUUCUGGUGUUUGGAAGCUGGCAUGGACUAGAUUUAACAAAUCAGCUAUGUGGUUCCAAAGUUUUACAGACAUGGAGAACAUCAACUGUUACUAGUUCAGUAAUAUAAAUAUUUUGUAUAUUAAUAAUGCUGUUUGUUCAGCAUUUUUCGGUCAUUUGAUUUUGCGUUUUGCACUUCCUCCCAGGAUCUAUUCUUUUGGUCAAAAUACGAAGUAUUGGUGCAA